UUUCCGGUGCUGAAAGGAGCAACAUCAGCACGUGAACGGGCAAUUUCCCUCACGUCUCAGAAAUUUAGAAUUCAGAAGCCAGAACUCGUUCACCGAUUCUUCCACCGGCAUCGGAGUGACCAGCACUAACUCGGCCAAUGAAGUGUCGACAUGUAGCGUGCAUAUGGUCAGGCGCCCCUCCAUCUCACCGGGUCACAGCCACUGCGGCACUGGCCAAACCGGCCACGCUUUACACCGGCGGAUACGAUGGCUCCAUAAUCUGGUGGAACCUAUCCUCCUCGUCCGAUACCAAUUUGGAAGUCACUCCAAUUGCUAUGUUAUGCGGCCAUGCUGCCCCUAUAGCUGAUCUUGGCAUUUGCUAUCCUAUUGCGAAUUCAGGAGUGGGGAAGACAAUGGGUCAUCCGAUUAUUGUUGCUAUAAGCUCUACUUUGGAGAAUUGCGUGC